CACCGAGGCAGCCAACUUGAAGAUAUAAACGUGAAACCACGUACGCCCGCUGCCCCACAUACCGGCUGAUAAAGUCGGUGCUUUCAUUUGAAGCUACGCCAAGCGAUACAGACGGAAGUUCACGACCGGCUUCAUAAAGGGCAGCUAGCAGAUAUGUAUCCAUGUCAACAGGGCGCACGUUGCUUUCUUCUUGGAACUGUCCUCAUGUCCAUUGCUGCCACGAGUCAAGGCAACGUCCACAACAACUCAAGUGGCGGUGACGACCUCAGUAACUUGGUUGGCAACAUCACACACAUACACAAUGCUAACCCCAAAUACACAGCUCACAGCUACACCGACUCCAUACUGGCAUUGCUCACUGGGGGACAUAGUAAUGGACAGAGCCAGUUACUACAGCAGGUCCAGAAGAACCCUCUUCUUGGAGCUGAACUCCUGCAGGCUUUUUCAAAUUUGGAGAACAUUUUUGGGAAGAUGAUUCCGGAUAUGUUGACAGGAUCAGUUGAGAGGAAUCCUGGAGAUCCUGGAAUACAGUGUAUGGCAGACCUGGCUGAAUAUUGUACCGCUCUGAAGAACAAGACCUGGUGGGCAUUACAAAUGGCUGAUGCGACGGGGAAGCCUGGUCCGGGGCUCUUGAAAGGUAACCUCCAGAUGUACGGCAACUUUGACGAAUGUCUUGAAGUCAGGGGUGUGGUUGACGGGAAUGACAGCAACACCAUCGAGGGCAACCAUUGCCUUGCCAUCAUCACAUUGCCAAGCAGCAUCACAGACAUCGUCAAUAAUCCCAUCACUGGCCGUCUGUUGGAAGGCUCAGUGCCUAGUUUCCAGUGGCACAUGUGUGUCCCCAAGUCAUGCAGUGAACAGGACAUGAAGCAAGUCCUCAACAUGCUGCCACUCCAGGAUCUCAACAUGACUGUGCUUACCCUGAACUGUCGACACGACAAAGACCUCGGCAACGAUAUCAGUGGCAUCGUUGGGGUUAUCAUAUCAUCUGUGUUCGUCCUGGUGGCCAUUGUUGGUACACUAUAUGACAUCAUCACGUCAGCAAACAGAGAUAAACAACAUAAUGACGUUAUCAGCGGCAAAUACGUGAAACAACCCGUCUCUGUUGAUGGCUCUGUUUCGACCCACGACAACGAACUCUCUAUGGAUCGGAAGCGCAACAGUAUGGUAGACGAACAGAGCCUUUAUGACACGAGAGAGUCAAGAGAACUGUUUGCCAAGCCGAAAGAGAACAUUGGGAGGCAGCUACUCCUGGCCUUCUCCAUCACCAGGAAUACUGAGAAGCUGUUGAGUGUCAAUUCAAGUGCCUCUGACCUGUCGUGCCUCCACGGAGUGAGGGUGCUCAGCAUGGCCUGGGUAAUCCUUGGCCACACUAUCUUGUUCUGUUUAACAUCUGCCAUUAAUCCUGUCGACGGCUUCAAGGAUCUGAGCAGCUUCACCAUGCAGGCUGUGACGAAUGGCACCGUCGCAGUCGACACGUUCUUUGUGAUGAGCGGUUGUUUGGUGGCGGUUUUGUUUCUGAGAGAGAAAGAGAAGAACGGCAAAUUGACAGCUCGUCAGAUGGUACUGUACUACGUUCACAGGUUCCUACGGCUGACGCCCCUGUACAUGAUGGUGAUCAUGUUCUACGUGUGUAUAAGCGGCUACUUCACAGACGGGCCCUUAAUCACACCACUCAUGGACCGGGAGAACUGCAGGCGGAACUGGUGGGUCAAUCUCCUCUACAUCAACAAUGUCUACAAAUCCUCACCAACAGAAAUUUGUUUGGGUCAGUCCUGGUUUCUGGCAAAUGACAUGCAGUUCUACUGGAUUGCACCCCUGGCUCUCGUCCCUCUGGCUUGUGGCUGGCCGUUCAUCGGCAUCCUCGUCAUCCUUGUCCUCAUCGCAACACACAUCAUCUCUUAUGCGUAUUUGGAAUACUUCGUCAAAGGCUCGGCAGUCGUCAAUUCUGCCCAGUUCUCAACGGAGAUCUACUUCAUGCCGUAUUGCAGAGUGGGGGUGUUCGCUAUCGGAAUAGCCCUUGGCUAUAUCUUACACAAAACGCAGUGUAAAGCAAACAUUCCAAAGGGGUGGCUGACACUGGGGUGGAUCCUGUCUGUGGGCGUGGGCCUGGUAUGUACCUACAUCACUUACGACGAAUGGACUGAUGGACAGAUCACCUGGGGUCGCUCAUCACUCCUCGCACAUGAGGUGUUGUUCAGACCUGCCUGGGCUCUGUGUGUCUCCUGGAUGAUACUUGUCUGCUGCAGUGGAUGUGGAGGUAUUGUCAACUCCAUACUGUCGUGGAAGGCCUGGAUCCCUGUGGGGAGACUGACGUACGGGGCGUACCUCCUCCACGUGAUGGUUCUGACUAACCACCAGGCCAACAGGCGGACACCCGCCUACUACAGCAUAGAACAUCUGAGCUACCAGUUCCUGGGCACGUGGAGCAUCACCUAUGGACUGUCUUUCAUAUUUGCCGUGCUUGUUGAGGCGCCAUGUCUUGGGAUUGAAAAAGCUUUUUUCAGAAGAUAAUUUUAGUGACUAAUGAUUUCAAGUGCUCUGUGAUAAGAUUAACCACGCUGACCUACGUGUCUCCCGUCUAAACAUACAACUUUCCCAAGAGAUAUUCAAACGUUCUUCAGUUCUGUGACAUAAAUCAUCAGAAUCAAACAUCAGCAUCUCAAAGGGAAGUAACUCUUAAUUCUUAUUUGUUGUUUCAUUGCCGAGAAUGACAGAAGAUACUUUCAGAUCGGUCAGUAGGGGGAUUGAAUAAUGUAGAACAAUAUCAAACUGUUUUUUGUGUGUAAUUUGUAGUCAUAUGGAACCAAAAAUGUGAGAUGUUGUCUGGUGUUUGAAAAGUGAACACAAUGGCCUGCAGACAAGUGCUAACAAUAGUGAGCUUACCUUCGCAUGACUUUGUGGUGGAUGCCACAAGUGGGGCAGGAUAUGUUCACCUUUUCGCGAACACUUGCUACCAUUACUAUUUGAUAGUGAUUCUUAAAGAUCUGUUCAGGUAUACUCGGAAUCGUAUAUGGACGCGGUUUUCAACGAAUAUGGUGAAGGUUUUGUAGCUUAUAAAUACUAUAAGCUAUCAAUCUGUACUGAGGUUAUGAAAACUAUAAGUUAUAGUUUUCAUUACCUCAGUACAGAUUGAUAACUGUCAUUUUGGGACACAAAAUAUCAAUGGCGGAUGAGUGAGUGAGUGAGUGAUUUGGGUCGUAGGUAUGGUGAAUUACAGUUGAUAGUCAGACUAUUUCCUCCAGGGCAAACUGAAUUGAGAUCAUCUUCUUAUUUAUUUAAGUUGACACUUUGUAGACGACCUAGCUCAAAACACAUCUGUUUUAAGUGUACUGGGGAUUAGCUGGACUGAACAUGUACCAUAUGUACAUAUGCUUUCUAAACAUGUUGUAGCCAUCCUGAACAGGAGGUACAAGCCAUUUUGUCAGAUAUCAUUAUGAAAGUGGGUAUAGUUUUACCCCGCUUUUAGCAAUUUUCCAGCAAUAUGAAAGUUGAUUAUCUGGAUUACGUUUCUACAAGAUGCUUAAGAACCACCUUUAAUAACAUGUCUUACUCGAUGUGUGUGUGUGUGUGUGUGUGUGUGUGCGUCCGUGUGUGUGCGUGCGUGCGUUUGUGUGGGUGUGUGUGCGCGCGUUUGUGAUAAUUUUUGGAAUACACGUACAUGUAUUUUGCAUAUAUCUGAUCUAUAUAUACUGCGAUUUGAUUUUUUCACUCUUCAGGUCCACUGAUAUUUGGAAGAUGGUGUUUGGUGCUAUUAUACAUUGAAAUGUGCCUCGUUUAAAAUAAACCCGAUUUUAACUUGUGUGUAUUAAACAAUAUAUAUCUUUG